AUGAAAACAUAUUCUAUAUUAAACUAUUACAGAAAACUAAUAAAAUAUGGCAGCAUGCGCACGUACUGCAGCUCCUUGGGAGGAGAGCCAAACAAUAUGGAAAAAAUAAGAAAUAUCGGCAUUUUAGCUCAUAUUGAUGCAGGUAAAACGACAACAACGGAACGUAUGCUGUUUUACUCUGGUACUAUUAGAACAAUGGGAGAAGUGCACCAUGGAAAUACUGUAACAGAUUACAUGGAACAAGAGAGGCAGCGGGGCAUAACUAUAACUUCGGCGGCUGUUUCAUUUCCCUGGAAUGGUUAUCAGCUUAACUUAAUUGACACACCAGGACACAUUGAUUUUACAAUGGAGGUGGAGCAGAGCUUAGCUGUUUUAGAUGGUGCCAUUGUUGUCUUGGAUGCUUCUGCUGGAGUCGAAGCACAAACAUUAACAGUUUGGCGUCAAGCAAAUGGUUACCAGGUGCCCCGGAUUCUGUAUCUAAACAAAAUGGAUAGAGCAGACGCCGAUGUGUCUAUCUGUGAACAGUCCAUACGUGAUAAACUUAGAGCUCUGCCACUCCUAUUACAUGCUCCAGUUAUGCAUGAGGGAAGACUUGUUGGUCUCAUUGACUUAGUGACGUUAGAAGAGGUUGUAUGGAGUUCAGGUCGUGGCCAAAAUUUAAAUAAACGAAAAUUAUCUGAAGCCACUGACGGCAAGCAAUGGGAAAGAGCCAUGACUGACCAUAGACAAAUCAUAGACAGACUCUCUUCUAUAGAUGACGAGUUGGCAGAUAUGAUUAUACAACAAGAAUCAUUGGACAAUAUAGACACAGAAGACAUUGUGAAUGCUAUAAGAAGAUGCACCUUGAACAUGUCUGCGUUUCCAGUAUUAUGCGGCAGUUCCUAUAAAAAUAUAGGUGUACAGACCCUAAUGGAUGGAGUUAUAUCUUAUUUACCGAAUCCGAUAGAGGGCAGUAGAUUACAGAAAUAUUUUGGGGCCGAUUUAUGUGCGCGGGCGUUCAAAGUUCAGCAUGAUGAUCAAAGAGGGGUGUUAACAUUUCUGAGGCUGUACGGAGGGGAGUUCACGAAAGCCCAAAAGAUUUAUAACAUUGCCAGGGAUAGUAGCGAACAGGCAGGAGCACUAUAUGUAGCUCUGGCAGAUGAAUAUCGGCCAGUGGAAAGAGUUACAGCGGGAAAUAUUGCUGUCGUUAGCGGUCUUAAGGCAACCAUGACAGGCGAUCUCGUAACAUCCUCGAAUGCAGCGGCUAGUCGGGCAAAGUCUAGACUUCGAGAAGUACUGAACGACCCUAAACAGACCGAGCAAUUGUUGGUGCCCAGUGCUAGGCAACGACUACAGGCCAUAGAAGAUCCCUCGACUGAUGAUAUAGCUGACGUGUUGCUGGGAAUUGGAACCACAAUCCCAGAACCAGUUUUCCUCUGCUCAAUAGAACCGCCGAGUGCGGCGUAUCAAAGUUCGUUGGAGACGGCUUUAGAAGAGUUGCAGAGGGAAGACCCCAGUCUCCGUAUCACCAGCGAUGAGGAGACAGGUCAAAUGGUCUUGGCCGGUAUGGGAGAAUUACACCUGGAAAUAAUAAAGGAAAGGAUAAUUCGCGAGUACAAAAUCGAUGUGGAAUUGGGCCCGCCCCAAAUCGCCUAUAAGGAGGCUUUAAUCGGCUCUUCAAAGUUCACGGUCAACGUGGACCGAAAGAUUGGCAGCGCGAGACAACAAGUCAAGAUAACUCUUUCUGCUAAGACUGUUAAGGGUGUCUCGCAGGAGAAAAUGUUGAGGUUUGAUAAAACAGCGGAAAGUGCAGCGAAUCUAUCCCACAUCCACCCGCGGUACGAACAAGCGAUACUUCGAGGGGUACACUCGGCUGUGCUGCAUGGCCCCAAACUUGGCUGCCCGCUAGUAGAUGUCCAAGCGACGCUCCAUUGGCUGGAAGUGGGCCGUGGAACAGCCGAUACUGCCGUUUCUGCCGCCGCUGUACAGUGCUUACGAAAGAUAUUCGAGUUGAGCGGCAGCAUGCUCCUGGAGCCAGUGAUGUCCCUCCAGAUUGUGGUUCCCGAGAGCCAUUCAGCUCGAGUGAUGGCGGAUUUGACCAGACGACGAGCCGAUAUUAACCACAUACAUAUCAGACAUGGAAAUAAGGUCAUUGACUGCUUAGCGCCACUGUCCGAGCUGGUGGGCUACUCCUCAACUCUUCGAUCUCUGAGCUCGGGUCUCGCCACAUUCACUAUGGAGUUCCACUCCAACCGACAGAUGUCGCAGUACGACGAGGAAAAGGCAAUCACUUCCAUCACUGGCUUUUAA